AUUAUAUGUAAAAACCCUGUGGUCCGUAAAAAACUUUUAAUACAUCACCACCAUUACAGCGGAGCAUACCGUGUAAUUCUGAAUGAGUCCUAUAACGUUGAAUGACAACACUACAUGUUUUCUUUUCCUUUCUUCAUUAAAUUUCAUUUUUUCGCAGGCAGGGCGAGGGCCCAAUUUGAAGCCAAAGCUUCUUAAAUCUCUUCCCUUCUCUAUCCCAAUCUCUUUCUGUUAGGGUUUGGGUGGAGGGCAGGAAAAAUUGACGCAACGAGGAUAAGUCUUCACUUCUUCAGUAUGCAGGUACAUUUACACUUCUCAUCAGGAAAUGGGAUUAUUUCUCCAAAAAAAUUACUUGUGCUUGAACUUGAACUUGAACUUGAAUCGAUCGAAGAGGAAACGAAACCACUGAGCGUGUUAAUGGUGGUAUCUUCUUCUUCAGUUGCUGUAGCAGCGGCAAAGGCAGGCUUAAAAGCGGAGGCGGAGAAAUAAAACUAGUUUGAAGAAAAUGGCUGUUCUGCCCGUGGAGUGUAAAUACGUGACAGAUGAUUGCAUUCGGGAAUGGAAAAGUGGUGGAAGUGGAAGUAUUGUGAAGCUUCCUGUGGUGGUACCGCCUGAAAGAUUUAUCUAUGAACUCUGCUGGACCAUGGUGCGUGGAGAAUUGCCUCUUUCCAAAUGCAAGAUUGCUAUUGAGUCAGUAGAAUUCUCAGAAAAGCAAAUUAAAGAGGAAACUGCUUCUAUUCUUGCAGAUACCAUUGCACACAUGGGUCAAGAACUUACGUUGCCUGAUGAAUUCAGGGUUCGACUUGUGGAAUUGUCAAAAUGGCUCGUGGAAUCUAACUUGGUUCCUGUGAGGCUUCUUCAGGAGAGAUGUGAGGCUGAAUUUCUCUGGGAAUCUGAAAUGAUAAAAAUAAAUGCGGCAGAUCUAAAAUCUAAGGAGGUCAGGGUGAACACUCGCCUUCUAUAUCAGCAGACAAAGUUUAAUCUUCUUCGAGAAGAGAGUGAAGGAUAUGCAAAAUUGGUGACUCUUCUAUGUCAACGUGGUUCUAGUGCAUUGACGCAUAAGACUGCUCCUGCAGCUAUCAGCACAAUUAAGUCUUUGAUUGGUCACUUUGAUUUGGACCCAAAUCGUGUUUUCGACAUUGUUUUGGAAUGUUUUGAGCUUCAACCGGAAAAUGAUGGGUUUUUUGAGCUGAUACCUAUUUUCCCAAAGUCUCAUGCUUCACAUAUACUUGGAUUUAAGUUCCAGUAUUAUCAGCGUUUGGAAGUAAAUGAGCGUGUACCUGAUGGCCUCUACAGACUUACAGCAGCUUUGGUGAAGGCAGAUUUCAUUGAGCUUGAUAACAUAUAUUUGCAUUUGCUACCCAAAGAUGAAGAGGCAUUUGAGCAUUAUGAAGAGUUCUCUAAAAAGCGUUUGGAUGAGGCAAAUAAAAUUGGCAAGAUAAAUCUUGCAGCAACAGGGAAGGACUUAAUGGAAGAGGAAAAACCUGGAGAUGUCACAAUUGAUUUGUUUGCAGCUCUGGAUAUUGAAUCUGAAGCUGCAGCUGAACGUUCUACUGAACUUGUUACAAAUCAAAAACUUGGUCUGCUGAAAGGAUUUCUUGAUGUUGAUGAUUGGCCCCAUGCACAUGUUCUGUUGGACCGUCUCUCACCACUUAAUCCAGUUGCACAUUAUCAAAUUUGUCAUGGCUUAUUCAUGGCUAUUGAGAAGACAAUUUCUUCAACAUAUGCACUUUUGAGACAAUCUCAUUCAGCAAAACCAAGCUCUUCUCGUUUUAUUGAUGGCGCUGCAAAUGCAGAGGGAAUAUUUAAAUCCACUGGUCAAUCAUCUUUGAUUGAAUUACCUAGGGAGCUUUUUCAGAUGCUUUCUGAUGUUGGUCCAUAUCUUCAUCAGGAUGCUCUUCUCUUACAAAAGGUAUGCAGGGUACUAAGAGGCUACUAUACAUCUACUCUGGCUCUUGUUGCCUCUGCUGGCAGUUCAAAUAUACAGGAAUUAGGGGAUGGUGAUCGAAAAGAUCCUCGUCUUCGGUUAAAGGAGGCUCGGUUAAAUAUUGAGGAGGCACUUGGAACAUGCUUGCUUCCAUCUUUACAGCUUAUACCUGCAAACCCUGCUGUAGGGCAAGAGAUAUGGGAAGUAAUGAGCCUUCUUCCAUAUGAGGCACGUUAUCGUUUAUAUGGUGAAUGGGAAAAAGAUGAUGAGCGUGUUCCACUUGUUUUAGUGGCACGCUUAACUGCUAAGUUAGAUACCAGGAGGAUUCUUAAACGUCUUGCAAAGGAUAAUCUAAAGCAACUUGGUCGAAUGGUGGCAAAGAUAGCUCAUGCUAACCCAAUGACUGUCCUUCGCACAAUAGUGCAUCAGAUUGAAGCUUAUAAGGAUAUGAUUGCUCCUGUUGUGGAUGCCUUCAAGUAUUUGACUCAACUUGAAUACGAUGUACUAGAGUAUGUUGUAAUUGAACGCUUGGCACAAGGAGGGCGUGAAAAGUUGAAAGAAGAUGGCCUAAACUUAUCUGACUGGCUGCAGUCACUGGCAUCAUUUUGGGGUCAUUUGUGCAAGAAAUAUCCAUCAAUGGAGCUAAGAGGCCUUUUUCAGUAUGUGGUAAAUCAAUUAAAGAGGGGAGAGGGUACGGAACUUGUACUCUUGCAGGAAUUGAUCUAUCAAAUGGCAAACGUCCAACAUAUAGAGAAUAUGAAUGAGGAACAGCUGGAUGCAAUGGCUGGUGGGGAAGCACUACGAUAUCAAGCUACAUCUUUUGGGCUUGUGAGAAACAAUAAGGCAUUUAUCAAAUCUACAAGUAGAUUAAGGGACUCCUUGGUUCCUAAAGAUGAACCAAAGCUGGCAGUGCCUCUUCUAUUGCUUAUAGCGCAACACCGGUCAAUCGUUGUCAUUAAAGCAGAUGCACCAUACAUAAAAAUGGUCAGUGAGCAGUUUGACAGGUGCCAUGGAACAUUGCUUCAGUAUGUGGAGUUCUUGACUAGUGCAGUUACACCUAUUGUUGCAUAUGCACAACUGAUACCUACAUUGGAUGACCUUACACAUAAGUACCACUUGGAUCCAGAGGUAGCCUUUUUAAUAUAUCGUCCAAUAAUGCGCUUAUUUAGACCUUCUAAAGGGUCUGAAACCUGCUGGCCUGCAGAUCUGCCUCAUGGAAAGAAGGAAUCAGAGCAAUUGAAUACAUCCCAUGAAUUGAUUCUGGAUCUCGGAUCACAUCGAAAGCCCAUCAUGUGGUCAGAUCUUCUCACAACAGUUCAUUCAAUGUUGCCUUCAAAAGCAUGGAAUAGUCUCUCUCCAGAGUUAUAUGUUACAUUUUGGGGACUUACAUUGUAUGAUUUGUAUGUCCCUAAAAGGCGUUAUGAAACUGAGAUUGCAAAACAGCAUGCUGCUCUCAAACAACUUGAGGAGUUGUCAGACAAUUCCCAUACUGCUAUUGCUAAGCGUAAGAAAGAAAAGGAAAGGAUUCAAGAGGUUUUAGACAGAUUAACAAGCGAACAUCAGAGGCAAGAACAGAAUGUUGCUUCUGUACAUCAGCGACUUGUACAAGAAAAGAAUUCUUGGUUGACUUCCUGCCCUGACUCUUUAAAGAUCAAUAUGGAGUUUUUACAGCGUUGUAUCUUCCCACGUUGUGUUCUCAGCAUGCCAGAUGCUGUGUAUUGUGCUAAGUUUGUCCACACUCUGCACUCUCUAGGGACACCAUUUUUUAACACUGUCAACCACAUUGAUGUACUUAUAUGCAAAGCUUUACCACCCAUGAUAUGUUGCUGCACAGAGAAUGAAGCUGGUCGACUAGGCAGGUUUUUGCAUGAAACACUGAAGAUGGCUUACUAUUGGAAGAGUGAUGAGUCUAUUUAUGAACGUGAGUGUGGCAACAUGCCAGGCUUUGCCGUUUAUUACAGGGAUCCAAACAGCCAGCGGGUUACAUUUGCACAGUACAUUAAAGUACACUGGAAAUGGAGUGGACGGAUUACACGCCUGCUUAUACAAUGUUUGGAAUCAAAUGAAUACAUGGAUAUUCGCAAUGCCUUGAUAAUUUUGACAAAAAUUUCUAGUGUUUUUCCUGUCACAAGAAAAAGUGGCAUUAAUCUUGAAAGAAGGGUAGGCAAAAUUAAGGCAGAUGAAAGAGAGGAUCUCAAAGUUUUAGCAACAAGUGUUGCUGCAGCCCUUGCUUCUCGAAAGAGUUCAUGGGUUUCAGAAGACGAGUUUAAUAUGGGUUACAUUGACUUGAAGCCCUCAGCUUCACCUGCCAAGCAUUUGGCUGCUACAUCUUUAGCAGUCUCAAAUUCUUCUGUUAGUGUUUCCCAACAUGAUCCUUCAGGAACGCGUAUCAUGCCAGGAACUGUGCUUCCUGGUGAUGCCACUGGCUCACUACCAGAACAGAUGUCUCGUUCACUGAAAACUUCAAGCGCUUUAAAUACAGAUACUAGGCUUGAGCGUUCUGAAAGUAUCACUCCUCCCAUGAAAUCCGAUAUACAUCAAGCUGCAGUGAAGCCAGUGGCAGGUACAACUGAUUCUCAGAAUUCUGUCCAAUCAGGAGGUGCUCAAGUUGGGACAAGUAAGUCAUCUAUAGCAGGAAUGUCAAAGAGCUUAGACGAGCCUUCAAAAGGAUCUGGUACUCACCCAGCAACAGUAACUAAAACGGAAGAAAUUUCAGUCAAGCUGGUUUCAAAAACAACUGCAACUGAAGCUGAGCCUCGACCUCCACCAAAACGGGGUGGCCAGUCAGCAUCCUUGACUAAGCAAUUAAAGCCAGAUACAAUUAAAGAAGAUGCAAGAUCUGGAAAAGCAGUUGGCCGGGUGGUACCAUCUACUGGUGACAGGGAUCCUGCCUUGCGUACGACAGAAACACGGCAAAAUUUACCAAUUAAUACUGUGAUUGUUCCAAGCAAUGGUGGCACAGGUUCUUCUUCUGGAACAGGGAAAGUAUCAGGUACCUCAGCAAAAGUUCCCCAGGAAAUGUCAAAUAUUUCAAAGACAGAAACUCAAACAAGUAAAUCAGUGGACAUGAGAAUAGGUGGAGAAUAUGAAGUUGAUAGGACUGAACCUCAAGAAGCAUCGGGACUUCAGUCUAAUCGUCCUUCUAAAUCCCCUCACCGAGAAGAAGCUUUACAUGCUCCAAAAAUUACGGAUGAUAUCAUGAAGGAGAAGCAGCAAAAGAGACCUAAUACAACUGAUGAGACAGACCGAAUGAAUAAACGUCGCAAGGGUGAUAGUGAGGAGAAGACUGCAGAACCUUCAGAAGUAAGAGGUUUAGAUCACCGUUCUGUAGAUAAAGCUCGAACUACAGACCAGGAUAAAUCUGGGUAUGAAGAGCGCAAUUUUGACAAAGGUGCUGAUAAAUCUUUAGAUAGGACCAAAGACAGGGCUGGAGAAAGAGUUGAUCGUGACCACAGAGGAGAAAGGCCAGAACGCUCUGACAAGUCUCGUAGUGAAGAGCAUCCAGGGGAUAGGACAAGGGAUAGGUCAAUAGAAAGAUUUGGAAGAGAAAGAUCAGUUGAUAGAGCCCAAGACAGGGCAACAGAAAGAAAUUUUGAGAGGCCUUUGGACAGGAAUAAGGAUGAAAGAAAUAAAGAUGACCGCAAUAGGUCUCGAUACAGUGAGUCAACAGCAGAGAAGCCACAUCCUGAUGAUCGCUUUCCAAUGCAGAACCUACCACCCCCACCACCUCUUCCUCCGAAUGUUGUUCCCCAAUCACUUCCUGUGGGUAGGAGAGAAGAUGAAGUUGAUCGGAGAGGUACAAGUAGCAGACCGAUUCAGAGGCUUUCCCCUAGGCGUGAAGAAAAAACAGAGAAAAGGAGGCUGGAAGAAGGUUCUGUGGCUAUAAUGGAUGAUUCAAAACGGAGGAGAGAAGAUGAGAUCCGGAAGCGUGAGGAGAGGGAUACUUUACCAAUAAAGGUUGAGAAGGAAAGGGAUAGGGAGAAGACAAACCUCCUUAAAGAAGAAGCAGAUGCGUCUGCUGCCUCAAAGAGGCGUAGGCUUAAACGAGAUCAUCUUCCAGCAUCAGAAACCACUACUAAUUAUGGACCAUCACCACCACCACCUCCACCUGUACCAGUCACAGCGCUUCAGCCUUAUGAUGGUAGAGAGAGAGAGAGGAAAGAAACAGCAGCGCCAAGGGGCUUAUACAUAGAGGAAAGUGGGUACGAUAAAGGCUCUACUGGAAGAAUACAUAACAAAGAGGGUGGCAAAGUUGCUCGAAGAGAUCAUGAGCAGGUUUACAAUCGUGAUUGGGAAGAUGAAAAGCGACAAAGAGGCGAUGCAAAGCGUGCUAGACAUCAUCGAAAAUAGAAGAUUUACAUUGCUUGUCUUGUUAUCAGUCUUUUUGAGCAACAACUUGUAUUUGAAAUUGAAUCCUGUGAUUCUUGUCAGUGCAGCUUGCUGGUGUACUUGACAAGUUCCAAGUGUACAAAUUUUGCAGGAUACUUAUUUAGUUAGAUUUCUCAAAAGCCUUUGUUAUCUGAGCCUGAUUUCAGUUCUCAGGCAUGAUAUGUAUCUGUGCUGGAAGGGCCCCAUUUCGCAAGCAGUAUGGUUGUUAAUGACAAAUAUUAUAAAUCAGUAUAUUUAAUUUCGUCUCCAUUCCUCA